CAAGAGGAAAAAAAGGACGUGAGUUCACUUGCCUGUGAAGCAUUCAUUCACACAGUAUUCAAAAGGGAAGAAGUGAGUUAUUUAUAAUCACAAAAUAUUAUGGCAUCUAACCGGCGAACGAAUACAAAUUUUGGAGGAACAACAAAUUCAAAUCGUCCUACAGAAGCAUCAACUCCUCCUACGGAAACAACUUUAAGAACCAAAGACAAAUACAAAUGGUCAUAUAUACAAGAAAAAACUUUAAUUCAGUUAUUCGACGAAGCACUUUCGAGGGAUAAUUAUACUCUUAACAAUCCAAGUGCCAGUGGGAGAGAGUAUAUGGUAGAAAAGUUCAACCGAGCCUUCAACAUGAAUAUAACUUAUGCGUUUUUUAAAAACAAGCUCGAUGAAUUCAAAAAAAAAUAUAAGAGAUGGAAGACUCUUAUGAAUUAUACUGGUAUAUCGGUUGAUCCUGAUACAUCUAUGAUAUAUGCAUCUGACACAUGGUGGAAAGAACGUGAGAAUGGAUGUAAAUUAACAAAAAGUCUGAAUAGAAAACCACCAGAGUUUUGGAAUGUGAUGGUACGAUGUCUCGCACUACACGAUGUACAAUCACAAUCUCAACAUUCUGCACGUCUAAGAAGAGAAGAGCUAAUUAAUAGACGUGGUGUUGAUGAAUCUUACACUGAUAGUGGUGACAUCCCACAAACACAAGAAGAAGAAGAUGUGUAUCGUGUUUUAAUUGAUGAUGAUACACAUCUUGUGAAUGAAAACACCAAUGAAACGGUACAACAUACUGGCCGCAGAAGUCAUCAACGAGGAAGGCAAAAUUCACAAUCAAGUAUUAGGCGUGGAAGCAGUUCCCAAAGAUCUGGAGACAACUCACGGCUUCCUAUAAGGAGUGGUUCACGUGGAGGUAGAAGAAGACAAUCUUUUGAAACAACUAUACAAGACACUAUAUCUGGAUAUACGAAGUUCCAACGUCAAAGUUUACAACAACUUCGUCCAGGUGCUUUUGACCAAGAAAAUUAUGAUGAAUGGAAAAAAACAGAAGAAAUAUUUCUUGCUCUAAAUAUUCCAAAAGAAAGAUUUUAUUGGACAUGUCUUAAUACUCUUAAAGAGUUAGUAUUUUGGCGAAAAUAUUUUCUUGAUAUAGCUGGAAGCAUCGAUGAAGAUAAGUUACAACUAUUGGAAGCUAUGACCGGUGUUUCACGGAACAACGAAGAUGUGCCAAAACAGUUAGGGGCAGAGCAAUCAUUUGGAAGUUCAUAUGCUCAACAGUAGGGCACACGGCCAACUGCUUAACAGUGGGGCACACCGCCAACUGCUCAACAAUGGGGUACCCCACCGUUUGCUCAACAAUGGAACACCCCACCAAAUUCUCAACAAUGGGGCACACCACCAAAUGUUUCACGAUGGGGGACACCACCUAAUGCUCAACAAUGGAAUUCACCCCAACCAACCCAACCAUGGGGACCAACACCAAAUUCACAACCAUGGGG